AUGUCUUCAUCAGCAGCCAAACCACCAAUUAUCCCCCUCCCCGAAGUCACCCGCCUCAGCCCGGCCGUUAUCCGCAUCCUAGGCGGCAACCCCGGCAAAUUCACACUCCAGGGAACCAACACCUACCUAGUCGGCACCGGCCCGCAGCGUCUCCUCAUCGACUCAGGCGCCGGCGAGCGCUCCUGGAUAUCCGCCCUACAACGGACCCUCGCCGAGGAAAAGGCUCACCUAUCAGCCGCCAUCAUCACCCACUGGCACCACGACCACACGGGCGGGAUCCGGCACCUGCUCGACUGGAACAGCAACAUCAAAGUCUACAAGAACCAACCCACCUACCUACCAGGCCACCACGGCAGCCCCGUGUCUCUUGAGCAAAUCGGCACCGAAACACUACUUCCCAUCGAAGACGGACAAGAGUUCAGCGUAGAGGGCGCCACGCUGAAAGCGGUGCACACCCCCGGCCACACGGUCGAUCACAUGGUUCUCCACCUGGCCGAGGAGGACGCGCUCUUCACGGGCGACAACGUGCUGGGGCACGGGACGGCCGUGUACGAGGAUCUGGGGACGUACCUGGACAGUCUCGAGCGCAUGAGGGGGCUGUUUAAAGGGAAGGGAUAUCCGGGCCACGGACCGGUGGUGGAGGACGGGCCGGCAAAGAUUGUCGAGUAUAUCCGGCAUCGGCAGCAGAGGGAGGAACAGGUGAUCGAGACGUUGCGCGCGUUUACUGCCAAGGAGGAUGAUGGCGAUGGAUGGACGCCGAUGGAACUUGUCAAGAUUAUUUACCAGGGCGUGCCGGAAACGUUGCAUAUACCGGCUGCUGGAGGGGUGACGCAGAUCCUUCAUAAACUGAGAAAGGAAGGGAAGGUGACGACUGCUGGUGGUGGUGAUAGAUGGCGGCUGAUUGAUCGAUCGGCCUUGUGA